AACACUCCACGAAAUACUUCCGACCCUGUUCGGACUCAGAGCCACGAGUGGAAAUUUAGUGUCUUAGCGGAUAGCCUUAUAAUGAUACGGCCGCCAUAUUACCUGGCAAGAUGCCGGCAUCAUCGUUCUAGGAUAUAAGAUGCAGGUCUUGCAAUGCACUGAAACCCGUAGUUCUCUUAACCCCGCCUCUCGCAGGUGGUUUUUUUCUUCAGUCAUGCUCAUCGUUCACAUGCCUCCUGAGCUAUGCGACUACACUAUCGAUUUCCUACAUGACGAUAUGCCUUCGUUGAAAAGCUGCAGUCUGACGUGCAGGUCGUGGACACCCGCCACACGUUUCCACCUCUUCAGGUCGGUGGACAUACACUCACAGCACGCCUGUGACGGAUUAUACCGCCUUCUCCGCCAUUCCCCUUACCUUGGAGAGAUGGUCCGCCGUCUUAAUAUUUCAUCUCUCACCGUGGACGCGGUAAAAGCGGACAAGACUGCCGUCCCAUUUUCGAGCGUACUCACGAUUGUCCCUCCAUCGCUAUUCGGUCUCCUUCCAAAUGUCAAGAUAUUGGACGUGUCGGUGUUGACAAUAGAUCAAGCACUGUGUUCACAGUUCAUCCAAAAUUUCACCUCGGUGAAUGAACUGUCUCUACACGGUUGCUUUUUUGCCUCUCUGAAAGGGUUCGCCGAAUUCGUCCUCUCUUUCCCCCUCCUUGAGGCGUUGUCCCUUCACGAUGUACGUUGGGACUCUAACGAAUCGAACGAUUGUCGGGCAGCAUCAAACCCGUCAAAGCUGCGCAGUUUAACCUUGGGGAAGGGUAUUGACGUAUCGUGCCUCGCGAAAUGGCUACUCCUUGGAUAUCUUUGUCCAGGUCUUGAGAGUAUAUCUGCUUGUUGUUCAUCUGAACAAGACGUAAUAGCACUUAGCGGGUUGCUGAAGGAAACCUACGCCCUGCAACGUUGCGAGCUCUCCUGGUAUGGCUUUGCGUCGAAUGAUAUCAUUGACCUUGUACCUGCAUUUUCUUUGGAUGCUUGUAGCUCCCUCCAAUCAGUUACUCUGCGCUGUCCUGUUAUGUACAGCCAAUCGUUGCCUUGGGUAACAUCUCUUUUGGCCCGUUUGCCAGCGGAAUCAAUUCAGGCGAUUGACAUCGAGCUCCGGCUGCUGGGAGGGAUCGAGUCAAUUGAUUGGGACUACAUGGGGCGAAUCCUCUCUGGAAAGUCAUUCCGAAGAUUAUCGAGCGUUGCAAUAAAUGCGAUCACCUGGUCAAGUGUCUCACAGAGUCCAGAAGAAUUGCAAUCAUUUCUAUGCAGCCAUCUUUCUGCUCUCGAUUGUCGUGGUAUCCUUCAUGUUUCUGUACGGUAGCGGCUCCCUCGUAAUAACUUGUCAGCAAACUCGAUUCAAAGACUGCUGUAUUACACAAGGAGGCGGUAGACAGGGUAUAGCAGCGUGGGUAACAUAUGGGAGAUAGAAUGAUAAGUGUAGUACGAAACAACAGUAAUGAAAGCGAGUAAAAUCUGAAAGCAAUUGGGAUUAGCUGC